CCCCUCCCCCGCCCGGAGUGUCGCUGUGACGCAAUGACGCACCACGUCGGUUGUUGGGCUGGAGAAUUCGCUGCGAUGGCGACGACGGCUCUGCUGGAGAGGGACGAGGUGAAGCUGGCCUGGGCUCGGGUAUGACUCCGGCUCGUCUGCUCGAGGUUUACUUGCUGCUCAGUAGCUGCACGGGCUGCGGGUGAAUCUUCGGCUGCGCGCUCCUCGUCGUCGCGUUUCUCUGAUUUCCAUGUCUUACUUGUGAGAGUUUCCAAACAAGAUCCCCAGGAUUGCUCAUCGUCCAUUACUGAUUGUCUGUGACUGGUCCAGUCCGGAGUUCCUUGUUGGGUGACCCACUCUCCUUCACAGGGGCCAUGGGGGAGGAGGAGCAGCAUAGCUUGGAGUGUAUCCAGGCCAAUCAGAUUUUCCCCAAGAAGACCCCCGUCCUGGAGGAGGAGAACAUGCAGGUGCCCUUCCCCGAGCUGCACGGGGAGUUCACGGAGUAUGUUGGGAGAGCAGAGGACGCCAUCAUCGCGAUAUCCAACUACCGCCUGCACAUCAAGUUCAAAGAAUCUGUUGUCAACAGUUGUUGUUGCGAGUUGUCUGUCCCUCUUCAGCUCAUAGAGAGUGUGGAGUGUCGGGAUAUGUUCCAGCUCCACGUGACCUGUAAGGACUGCAAAGUUGUCAGAUGUCAGUUCGCCGCGUUCGAGCAGUGUCAGGAAUGGAUGAAACGUCUGAACGUUGUCGUGCGCCCUCCCUCUCGUCUGGAGGACCUGUUCUCCUUUGCCUUCCAUGCCUGGUGCAUGGACGUGUAUGCCGGUGAGAAGGAGCAGCAUGGCGAGCUGUGCCGACCAGGUGAACAUGUGACCUCCUGGUUCAAGAAUGAGGUGGAGAGGAUGGGCUUUGACACUCAAAACGCCUGGAGGAUAUCUGACAUCAACAGCAAGUUCAGACUCUGCCCCAGCUAUCCUCAGCAGCUCCUGGUGCCAGCCUGGAUCACAGACAAGGAGCUGGAAAAUGUGGCAGCCUUCCGCUCCUGGAAGAGGUUUCCUGCUGUGGUUUAUAGGCACCAGAGCACGGGGGCUGUGAUCGCCCGCUGUGGUCAGCCAGAGGUCAGCUGGUGGGGCUGGAGGAACGCUGACGACGAGCACCUGGUCCAGUCCAUCGCCAAGGCCUGCGCCGUGGACUGCAGCUCCCGCAAACACCUCACCAACGGCACCUACACCAACGGCUCAGACCUGCCUGACUUUGAAUCCUCCCUGACCAACAGCUCAGAGGUAGAGACGUUGGUAGUCCAGCCCCACAAGUUACUUAUCCUGGACGCCAGGUCCUACGCUGCUGCCGUAGCAAACAGGGCCAAGGGGGGAGGCUGCGAAUGUCCAGAAUACUAUCCCAACUGUGAGGUGGUGUUUAUGAGUAUGGCCAACAUCCACUCCAUCCGCAAGAGUUUCCAGUCUCUGCGUUUCCUCUGCACUCAGAUGCCUGAUCCAGCCAACUGGCUUUCUGCACUGGAGAGCACCAAGUGGCUGCAGCACCUGUCCCUGCUGCUGAAGGCGGCGCUGCUCGUGGUCAACGCCGUGGAUCGCGACCUCAGGCCCGUCCUGGUGCACUGCUCUGACGGCUGGGACCGCACACCUCAGAUCGUUGCUCUGUCCAAACUGCUGCUGGACCCUUAUUAUCGUACCAUUGAGGGCUUCCAGGUUUUGGUGGAGACCGAUUGGCUGGACUUCGGCCAUAAGUUCGCAGACCGCUGUGGCCACGGAGAAAACUCGGAGGAUCAGAACGAGCGCUGCCCUGUGUUCCUGCAGUGGCUGGACUGUGUGCACCAGCUGCAGAGGCAGUUUCCAUGCUCUUUUGAGUUUAACGAGGCCUUUCUGGUGAAGCUGGUGCAGCACGCCUACUCCUGUCUGUUUGGCACCUUCCUGUGCAACAGUGGCAAGGAGAGGGAGGACCGCCACGUCCAGGAGAGGACCUGCUCAGUGUGGUCGCUGUUGAGACCGGCCAACCGCACGCUGAGGAACAUGCUGUACUCAUCGCACUCUGAGACCGUUCUCCACCCAGUGUGUCACGUGCGCAACCUGAUGCUGUGGACGGCGGUGUACCUGCCCAGCUCCUCCCCCACCACACCCUCCGAUGAGUCCUGCGCCCCCUACCCCGUGCCCGGUGCCAACCCGGAGGAUGGACCACUGGGCAGAUGUACAAAGACUCGCUCUUUUGAAAACCUGCCCAGUGCAUGUGAGCUGGGAAGCUCUCUGGCUCCCAACCGCCGCUCCAGUGACCCGAGCCUCAAUGAGAAGUGGCAGGACCACCGGCGAUCUCUGGAGGUCAACAUGGCAGUAGGACCAGAGGGAGGAGGGAACCAGGAUCAGGAGGUGCUGCCUAACGGAGUGGGGCCUUACCCAGACAGAGCGGACUCUGAGCUGGACGAAGGCCCACUGCCCCAGGGCUUGCUGGCGGAGCUCGGACAGAGAUCACCAGCUGCACCAGGAGAAGAAGAAGAAGAGGAGGCGGAGCUCUCUGUGGCAGUUGGUGUUGCCGAAGGCCAAAUGGAGAACAUACUUCAGGAAGCCACAAAGGACGAGGCUGGAGCAGAUCAGAAAGAGGGAAGUGCUGCUGUCACGCAAGUUAUUAACACUGUUGGCCCAGAGUCAGAGAAAGAAGCACAGGUUGAGGAUGAGAAUGAGUGCACUGACGUUAAUGGGACUGAGGGGCACACAGAAACACUUUCUAAUGGUCACCAACCAGAGAAUGGUGGCCUGGAAGCUGAGGAGGAUGGUGAGUCUCCUCCUCCGCCUGCACAGACGGAAGAGGAGCUGGAGGAACAGGCUGCUGAGGUGACUCAGGCACCAGAGGAUGUUGAGACGCAGGAUGUUGAGAACUCUUCUUUUAAAGAAGAGGUUGCACAUGAACCCAGUGAGUCCGGCUCAGUUGAGCCAGAGCAGACUGCAGCCCUUAGAACUAUAACUAACGGCUUUGUAGACAGUUCACCUGAAGAUCCUGGCGUGGAUGAGGAGACCUGCCCUGAAUCUGACCACGGCGUCUCUGAGCUGAUGGAGCAGGUGGAGAAGAGGGUCUCUCUCAUGGAAAGCUCAACAGAGACUUUAACUGAAGUGGCCUGCAGUAGGUUGGAGCUGCCCACAGAGACGCCUGUGUGUCCGAGCCGUCAGCCCUGCAGUGACUGCAGGAGCCAGCCCCCCUGCUUGAGGAAAGAGAAAGGGCUAGAGGCAUGCGAGCAUAGCUUCAUCAGAACUUUGAACGGGGCCAACAAGCGACCCUCCGUCACUUAUUUUCCAUCUGUGAGUGCUGACCACAGCAGGGAAGGGCUUUGUAACGGCGACACCUCUGAAGGGGAGCCCUGCGGAGUUCCCCAGUGGGCCAAAGGGAACGGGGAGCGGGCCCCUCUGAGUCGACAGAUGUCCCUCGCAAGCUGUAACUCCCUGAUCCUCUAUCCACGGGGCAGUUGCUCUCACCACCGGUGUUGCCACUCCCUCCUGAGCCGGGCCGCCAUCAGCCCAGAGCAGCCGUCACGCAAUCACCUGGACGAUGACGGGCUGACUCUGCACAGUGAUGCCAUCCAGCAGAGGCUGAGGCAGAUCGAGGCGGGGCACCAGAUGGAGGUGGAGACUCUGAAGAAGCAGGUGCAGGAGCUGUGGAGCCGCCUGGAGAAUCAGCAGCACACAGGCUCCCACAGGACCAACGGGGACAUGGGAGACGAAGUGACCUCAAUGACAGACUAUGAGUACAACUUUGACCACAACUGUUUGUCGCGCUGCAGCACUGAGAUCUUCUCUGAGGCCAGCUGGGAGCAGGUGGACAAGCAGGACACAGAGGUCACUCGCUGGUACCCUGACCAUUUGGCAGCCCAGUGUUACGGCUGUGAGAGCAGGUUCUGGCUCGCCACCAGGAAGCAUCACUGCAGUGGCAGAGAACCUGUCCAGGAGGUCUGGAACUGCGGUAACGUGUUCUGCGCCAGCUGCUGCGACCAGAAGAUCCCAGUGCCAAGCCAGCAGCUGUUCGAUCCGAGCCGCGUCUGUAAGACGUGUUACAGCAACCUCCAGCUCAGCCCAGUUCCCAUGGACCUGGAGACAGACAAGCCCAUCACAGCCAGCUCCGACUGAGGCUCAGUGGAGCGAGUGAUAAGGAGGAGUCAGGCUGAGCGUUCAGCCGCUGACACGAGCGCACUGCUGAGGAAGACAACAGUAGCUGCACAGAAUGUCCCAUGUACUUUGUGUGUGUGUUUGUGUGUGUGCGCGGCAGUUAAUUAAUUCUUAAUGUGUAUAUACCGAGGACGACGUGGCAGCAGAGCUGAAUGACGUGUUUUCCAGAUGCCGAGCGCUCUGAACAGCGAAUGUGCACAGGGGUGUGUGAGUGUGUGAGAGAAGAAAUUGCACAUUGGCCACACAGAGUGUGUGGCCGCGAUGGGACUUCACUCCGAGGCCGGAGGAGUGAGAAUGGACGUCCUGGUGCCUUGGACCAGGCAGGCAGAGGAGGGCAGAGGAGGUCGUCUCACUGUGAUGCGGAAGUCUCCUGCAGGACUUUGGGCCACUCAAUCUGUUUUCACCACUUACCCACAAUUCUCAUCAGCAUUAGACUUCCUCCCACCAUCAGGGACUUCUUCUUUUCCUACGGAGGCUGUAUGAUCAUUGGUGAUGUGAGAAAUCUCCCAGCAGUCACGAGUCCCUCAGCAUCAGAAAUAAAUGGAGAGUGAUGUUCACACAUGUUGUUUAGGGGGAAGAUUAAAUGGUCAGUUCCCCCAAAUGAACAAAAAGCACAUUGGCUCACUUUGCUUAUGUUAAAAUAGUGACAUUUAGCCUUGAAUAAGUCUCAGAGCAUAUAAAUACACAAAAGUACAUACUUAAAUAACUUAUUUUGUCCAACAAAUAGUUCAGAAUGUUGAGUUUUCUUUAAUAACACGUGACACAAAAGACAGACUUUGCUUUAGUUUGGGAAAAUGAUCAAAUAAUGUUCUUGAAACUGAAUUUUCAAUUGUUUCAAAGUAUUUAUUAUUUGUGGGGGUUUAAUGACAUAGACAGGGACCCAGUAUUGCACUAAUAUAAAGUUUUCAAUCCACUAAAAAACAUUGCAACCCUGCUCGAUACUUUCCCAUUUUAUUCCUGUGUAUGGAUCGAGCUCAGCUGUUCAGGUGUAUGUUUGUAGACUCAACACCCAAAGUGAGAUAACACUGAUGACAUCACUAUGACGUCAUCAGGAUAAAAGAAGAAAAAAAAAACAGUCUCAACGUUAAACAGCUGAUUCCACACAGACAGUUGUGUUCAUGAUGUUUCCAGUCACGUGGCACUGGAACAUUUAUUUCCAAACAGACACUGUUUGGAUUAUUGGGGGAACUGACCCUUUAAUAUUCUGAUUGACUGAAUCUCAACGCUUUUUUUUGUUUUUAACUCAUCUUUUCACACAGAAUGGCACAGACGUGUGGGUGUGUGUGUGUGUGUGUGUGCGCGUGUGUGUGUAUACAGCUUGACUUGAAAAGACAAAACACUCCAAAAAAUAGCUUGUACAUUGGGAGUUUUGUAUUGUUGAGAUUCAGUCCAGACACAUGUUAUUUUGCAGGUUUUCAAAGCUUCUGAAACUUCAUAUUGUUUUUCUUUCUCAGACGUUCAUGUGAUCAGAGUCAUUGUUAUUAUUGGUGUCUGUAACACAACAUCAGCCAUGUGAGUCUUCAUCAGUGACCAGUAGAAAAGGCUCCUCCACACGACUGACUGUUAUCACUCGUCCGCCGCCAGUGUAAACCGAUGUGUUGUGGCGUUGUCGCUUUGUGUCAGGCGGCAGACGAGCUGUGGGUUGUUUGUGUCCUCGACGCGGACUUACAGGCUGUGUCAUCUCUCCUUCAUGCCCUUCCCUCACAACAGCCCCUCCCUGUCAGUCUUUUUUACCCAGCAGGCACUGGGAGCUGGACCUCUCCUCACUUUUCAAUCCUCUGGUGGGAGUCAGAAGUGAAGGUGUGAAUUUGACAUAUUCAAAUUCCCAUAUUCUUCUUCUAAUUCUUCCGUUUUUUGAGGCGGCAGUCAGUCGUGAUAUCCCUUGUGAUUUCCACUGGGGCUGAAAGGUGCAGGAGAGCAGCAGAAGAAAAGGGCUCUUGGCGUUUUCCUAAAACUCUGUAACCGAACAUGAAGCUUCACUGAGACGCCCCCUCUGCCUAUCACACACUGACACACACACAUGUUUUUGUAAGAUAAAUGAAUUAAAUAAUAUAUUCAGAUACCUAUAUAGCAUUUAAGAAAAUGUAUAGAAUCCUUGAAUAGUGGCUCACUUAAUUAGUCACCAAAGUUUUUUUUUAAACUUGUUUUUCUUAUUUUGUCGAUGACAGAAAAUGACGUAUAUUUUGCAGCCUGUUGAAGGUGACAGGCGUGUUUGUUUUUUUAAAUAGAGAAGCAGGGUGUCCUGUGUUGAUGCUGCAGUGGUUUUUCCCUUUUAAAAUGCGAUCAUUGCUUUGAUUUUAUUUAUUGAGGAUUUUGUUGUUGCUGUUUUGAAAAAGAAAUAAUCCAGACAAUUCAAAAUUGCCACAGGAUAAUCAGUGUUUAUGAAUUGAGAGGUGAAAGAUGGUUCUGAUCUGUGGCGACGACCACACUCGUGUUUCUUCUGUGUAACGUGUGGAUGAAAUGAUUUCUCAAUCCACGUAGGAGCAGUGAACCCUGGGAGAAGGGGCGUGGGGGGGAGUCAGAGGUGUCGGUGAGCCUCUUACGUGUGAACACAAGAUCAAAUGACGAGUGUGUCUUCUGCCAAUGAGACGUCUAUGCACUGAGAAAACCGUGGUCCAGAAAAAACAACAGCUGCCUGAACCCAAAAUUAAAGCCCACCCUCAAACACACAAACAUACACACACACACGGAAUGACUUCAUUCUAUCUCAUUAAACAAACACUACCUCUACUUUGUACACACUCGCUCAUGCACACACACAUUCACACUCGGCUUGUAGCCGCUGAGUGACUAGAUUUCCACAUUCACGUCAUCGAGAAUGGCCUUUGUCGUUAUUAUUCAAAAUGGGUGUUUUGUCUGGUUUUCCCCUGCUAGUCAGCUGGAGCGUUAAAGUCGCAGCACACAACCGCAGUCCUUUUUCCUUACAAUCCUUUUAAUGCCUCAUCAUUCAACAGGGCACCUGCCUGUGUCCAUGUGUGUCUCCACACUGGACGAUGGAGCUCGAUCCAACCUCCUCGUAAACCUUGAAACAAAAGCGGUGUAGCUAACCGAGGGAAGUUAUAGACCCAGCGAUCAGCCACUGCUUUCACAUCAGGGCCCGGACGUUAUAUUGUUGUUUGUAGCUGUGAUGACAAACAGAUCUGCUGGAUUGAAAGUAGUGGUAGCAGAGGAUUGAAGUGCAGUGCGGUUGAAGCCAGAGCAUCAACUGAAGUGUUUCUCUCGCUGCGUCCUGUGGAAGUGGUGAAUGUGUUCGAUUCAACAGUUCGACCUUUACUCUUUCAAACAGAACAGAAAACAAUAAAAAGAGUUGUUUGUCCCUCAUAGAUGUAAAGGACUUAAUUGCAAAACACUUGAACAAGCGACAGCAUCAACUGACCAAAUGUUCUUUUCACGUCAGAUUUGUUUGAGACGGUACAAUACAGCAAAUUAAAAUUUUGGUUUGACCCAUGAUGAGCCUCUGUUCUCUCUCCCCCUGCUGUCUGUGAGAAACUGAUGAUGUAAGUGUGUGAUGCUGAUGUAAACAUAGCCUCCUACCCGAGAUCAGUGCUCCUGUUAAACAUCUGAUUUAUUCCGAGGCUUCACACUCCUCCCAAACGUCUGUCUCCAACAUGUGAAGGAAAUGUUUGCCAACGCUGCAUAUCUCAUCAUCUCUGGAAUUCUCCGAUCAGACGUCGGCUGCAGAAUUUCUCACUCUGUAAUUUCACCACCAUCGCAGGCAUUUGGGGCAACAAGCUUGUUCAACAAUCCAUGAAUGUGAAUCGUCUCGAUUGAAAAUUUAAAGAGAGGCUAUUUUUUGCACAUGAUAUAAAGUAGACACUGCCACAAUGUGCAUCAAAAAUAAAGCUGUAACAGAACGUGAGCUGUGCUUCUCAGUAUUGUACGUGCAUGAUUGUGUGUGUGUGGUUGGGCUACACACAUGUUGCCAGGAUGAUCCCUUGCUGUGUUUUUCUUUUGUCUUGGUACUUUUGUUUUCUUUCUCUUCACUCGUGCUGCGACGGCCCAGUUAUCACCUGACGUGAGUUUGAACAUGUGAAUGCAUUGAGCGUGUGUGUGUGUCUGUGAAAAUGUGUAUGUAUCUCUUUCGAUAGAGACUGGUGCCAAGCAGUUUUAUUACGAGUCUCUCACAAAGGGAUCACUCGUGCUUUUUUGUUACAUUCUCCUCCCCCAGUCUGUUUGAUAAGCACCUUGAACCCUCUCAUGUCUGCCAGAGGAUUGUGUAGCUGUACAUAGCGACUCCCUGUAAACAACAAGUGCUCCUUGUUUUCCUUUAUUUUCUUUUUGUUGGAUUUACUUUAGAGCAUUACAUUGUUGUAGAAUUAAAGGAGAAAUAAACUA